GGUGAGGAUCUCUGGGAAGCAUUGUUGGGGCAGUAAGAAUCAUUUCUACAAAGAGGCAAGACAGGACGAAGGGACUCUGCAAGCCAAUAUGGGAAGCCCAUAGCUUCCUAGGAACACUGGGAGCCCUGGUCCUCCCUGGUAUCGGCUGCAUUCUCCCUACACCUGGAAGAGCUCCAGGGCGGGCCACCCCUCCACGACUGAGCCGUACAGCAGCAUGAGCCGGUCAAGGCAUGUGGGCAAGAUCCGGAAACGUCUGGAAGAUGUCAAGAACCAGUGGAUCCGGCCAGCCAGAGCUGACUUCAGUGAUAACGAGAGUGCCCGGCUGGCCACAGAUGCCCUCUUGGAUGGGGGUCCAGAGGCUUACUGGCGCGCUCUGAGCCAGGAAGGAGAGGUAGACUUCCUGUCCUCGGCUGAGGCCCAGUACAUCCAAGCCCAGGCCAAGGAGCCCCCCGGUGCUCCAGAUCCUGCAGGAGGAGCUGAGUCGGGACCCAGAGGAUUGGACUGCUGCUCGUUACAAUCAGGUACCUACUUCCCUGUGGCUUCGGAAGGCAGUGAGCCGGCUCUGCUGCACACCUGGACUUUGGCUGAGAAGCCCUACAUGAAGGAAAAGUCCAGCGCCACUGUCUACUUCCAGAUGGACAAACACAACAACAUCAGAGAUUUGGUCCGCCGUUGCAUCUCCCGGGCCAGCCAGGUCCUGGCCAUCCUGAUGGAUGUGUUCACGGAUGUGGAGAUCUUUUGUGACAUUCUAGAGGCAGCCAACAAGCGAGGGGUAUUCGUCUGUGUGCUUCUGGACCAGGGAGGUGUGAAGCUCUUCCAGGAGAUGUGUGACAAAGUCCAGAUCUCUGAUACUCAUCUCAAGAACAUCUCCAUCAGGAGUGUGGAAGGGGAGGUGUACUGUGCCAAGUCAGGCAGGAAAUUUGCAGGCCAAAUCCAAGAGAAGUUCAUCAUCUCAGACUGGAGGUUCGUCUUAUCCGGAUCAUAUAGUUUCUCUUGGCUCUGUGGGCACGUGCACAGGAAUAUCCUCUCCAAGUUCACGGGCCAGGCGGUGGAGCUGUUUGAUGAGGAAUUUCGACGCCUCUACGCCUCCUCCAAGCCUCUGAUGGGUCUGAAGUCCCCGAGGUUGGUCGCCCCGCUCCAACCCAGCAAGGGCCCAGAAGCCCCCAAUGGCCGCCUUAGCGGCACCAGUGACUCUGCCAGUGACCGCACCUCCUCCAACCCCUUCAGCAGCCCGUCGACCAGCAGCAAUGCCCACAACCAGAGUUUAUCCACAUCUUCAGGGCCGGGCAGUCCUCUGGCCCCCAUCCCACCCGCGAUUCCAAGGCUGCAACCCUAUCACAGCACCCGGAGAGCCAUGGCCCCACAGCCUCUCUUGGUCCCCAUGAGGCCCCAUGAGGGAGCACCAGCCCCCUACAGCAGCCUCGUGGCCUACAGACCCACCCGGCUGCAGCUGCAGCAGCUCGGCCUGGUGCCCAGGGUGACUCACCCCUGGAGGCCUUUUCUACAGGCCUUGCCUCAUUUUUAAAGGAACCUUUCUCCUCACCGCCUGGGGAGUGGGGGCGGGGCUGGGGUAAGGACUGAGCACUGAUGAAUUUUCUGGCUGGAAGGCCCUGCCUUAAGGACCAAUACGAUUGAGGCUGAUUCACUUUGA